UUUUGAAAAAGAGAGGAAGCUCAAACAGGAGAAGAAUGCAGUGAUUGAGGAGCUCAGUGACAAAAUGAGGACCAAAAAAAGGUGUGGAGAAAGGUUUGGAGUCCAGUCCAGGUAGAGUGCUGCCUUCUACCGAAGAGCCCACACUGUCCUCAUCCCACGACGACACAAUGGUCACAAAUGUUAAACUGGACAGCGAGAGAUCAGAGUAUGAGGAGAACCUGGUGUUAUACUUCUCGGAUUCCCAGCAGCUACAGGGUCUGGUAGAGGAGCUGACAGAGCAAAAUUUGUCCCUUGUUCAGAACUCCAACAAAGUGAAUGAGAUACAUGAGGAGCUCCGGCAAACUGUUUGUGUCAAGUUGAAGAAAAUGGAAGUGGAGGAAGAGAAUCUGAUGUUGCAGGCCAAAGACAUGAGGGACAGAACUAACCAAGAAAGGUUGAGAAUUGUCCAGCUCACAAAAAAGGUUCAGCUGCACGACUCAUUAAGAACAGCAGACCAGGAUAUUAUGUUGAACGCUUUGGGUGUGAAGGUGACGGAGGUGCAUCGCUGCUGCGUGGAUAGCCGGCCGACCAGCCUCAGCACCCUGGAGAAGCUGUCAAGCAUCGAGUACCAUAUGGCUUUGCUGCUCCAGCACAUUGAGAACAUCCCUGAAGAAAGCUUGGAGAAUCUGAGGCAAAUCAAGGACAGUGAGAGGAGGAGCAGGCUGCGUGAAGAAAAACUGAGACUGGAGAGAGAGAAACAGGAAAAAAGGAUGGAGAAGUGCACGCAAAGAUCCCUGAGUGAUGCCAAGAAAAUAAGAGGAAGAAAACUCAUGCCCAGAUGUAUCCCUGUCGAGCAGAAGACCGAAGUCUACAGUACGGACGACCUCCCUGCCGAAGAUGAGUUCCAGGCCCACCUCUUUAACCCUGAGGACGUGUAGAAAAACAUAUUAUAUUAGUACAAAUUCUAAAACAUAAUGUCUUUUUGAAUGCCCAGGAUUCUGGUUAUGAGCUGAAUCAGAAUACAUGCAAUAAAGCAGUUGGAUUGUA